UUCAUUCAACAAAUCAGGAAAUUAUUAAUUUGUCCUAAUAUACUUCUCAGCACAUGUUAAAGCCGAAUUUGUCUCAAAAUGAAGAGAAACUUCAUGAUUUUUCUCCAUAGGCAGGGAAAUGGGCUCACAUGGUUUUAGAAAGGUCCAGAUAUAUCUAGAACACUGCAGAUCUCGCGAGACUUCGCUGAGAGCCGGCGAGAAGACGCUAAAACCACCUUACUGCUGCUGCAGCCUGCACGAGACCCUGCGAGACCAGAGAGAGAGAGAGAGAGAGAGAGAGACCGGCGAGAAUCAGAGGGGAGAGGAUUAUGUCGAGGAGUCUCCCCAACACAAACACCUGAUUACUGUCUAACUCUCCCAGCAGGCUGAACCUCUGCGUCUGUUUGUUUCUGUACGUGAAGGGAACGAGACCAGGAGGAGUCCGGACCGUGUAAGAUGUCGGUGGUGGGAUUUGAUCUGGGCUUUCAGAGCUGCUAUGUAGCUGUUGCCCGAGCCGGGGGGAUCGAGACUGUGGCCAACGAGUACAGCGACAGAUGCACACCGUCAUUUGUUUCAUUUGGACCAAGAAACCGAUCUAUAGGAGCAGCUGCAAAGAGCCAGGUGGUGACCAACUGUCGAAACACGGUGCAGGGCUUCAAGCGCUUCCAUGGCCGGGCGUUCUCAGACCCGUACAUCCAGUCAGCCAAGACUAAUUUGGUGUACGACCUGGCACAGACGUCCUCUGGAUCCACCGGCAUCAAAGUGAUGUACAUGGAGGAGGAGAAAGUGUUCAGCAUCGAGCAGGUCACCGGCAUGCUGCUGACCAAGCUGAAGGAGACUGCUGAAAGUGCGCUGAAGAAGCCCGUUGCAGACUGCGUCAUCUCGGUCCCGAGUUAUUUCACUGACGCUGAGAGACGGUCAGUGAUGGAUGCAGCGCAGAUCGCAGGCCUCAACUGUUUACGGCUAAUGAAUGAGACCACUGCAGUGACUCUGGCGUACGGCAUCUACAAACAGGACCUGCCCGCUCCAGAAGAGAAGCCCAGGACUGUGGUGUUUGUAGACCUGGGCCACUCGGGUUACCAGGUGUCAGUUUGUGCCUUCAACAAGGGAAAGCUGAAGAUCCUUGCCUCAGCGUUUGAUUCUGAGCUUGGCGGGAAGGACUUUGAUGAAAUCCUGGUCGGGCACUUCUGUGAGGAGUUUGGGAAGAAGUACAAACUGGACGUGAAGACCAAACCCAGAGCUCUCGUCAGACUCUACCAAGAGUGUGAGAAGCUGAAGAAGCUGAUGAGCGCGAACUCCUCAGACCUUCCUCUCAACAUCGAGUGCUUCAUGAACGACAUCGACGUGUCUGGUAAACUGAACAGAGGUCAGUUUGAAGAGAUGUGCGCGGGGCUGCUGGCCAAGGUAGAGGGUCCCCUGCGCAGCGUCAUGGAACAAGCCAAGCUGAAAAAGGAGGACAUCUACGCCGUGGAGAUCGUCGGAGCUGCGUCCAGAAUCCCCUCCAUCAAAGAGAGGAUCACUAAAUUCUUCGGCAAAGAGUUGAGCACCACCCUGAAUGCAGACGAGGCCGUGGCCAGAGGCUGCGCUCUGCAGUGUGCGAUCCUGUCACCAGCAUUCAAAGUCAGAGAGUUCUCCAUCACAGACGUCGUCCCCUAUCCCAUCUCCCUGAAAUGGAACUCAGCCGCAGAGGAGGGACUGAGUGAUUGUGAGGUUUUCCCAAAGAACCAUGCCGCUCCCUUCUCCAAAGUUCUGACCUUCUUCAGGAAAGAGCCCUUCACCCUCGAAGCAUACUACAACAACAUGAAGGAGCUGCCCUACCCCAGCAGCACCAUAGGUCAGUUCCUGGUCCAGAACGUCGUCCCUCAGGCGUCCGGAGAGAGUGCAAAGGUGAAGGUGAAAGUGCGAGUCAACGUUCACGGCGUCUUCAGUGUGUCCAGCGCUUCACUGGUGGAGGUUCUGAAAGCAGGAGAGGGAGAGGAGCCGAUGGAGACGGAGCAGACAGGGAAGGAGGAGGAGAACAAAAUGCAGGUGGACCAGGAGGAUCAGAAACUUCUGGCUGGGGACAGUGGAGACAAGAAAUCAGAGGCGGAGGAGAUGGAGACGACGACAGACGACGCGAAUAAAGAGAAGAAGAACGACCAGCCCCCUCAGGCCAAGAAGCCCAAAGUGAAGACGAAGACCGUGGAGCUGCCCAUCGAGAACACUUUGCACUGGCAGCUGUCCAACGACGUCCUCAACAUGUUUGUAGAGAACGAGGGGAAGAUGAUUAUGCAGGAUAAACUGGAGAAGGAGAGGAACGAUGCCAAGAACUACGUGGAAGAGUACGUGUACGAGAUGAGAGACAAGCUUCACGGCGUCCUGGAGAAGUUUGUGAAUGAGGCUGAUCGAGACACGUUCUCAUUAAAACUGGAGGACACAGAGAACUGGCUUUAUGAAGACGGGGAGGACCAGCAGAAACAAGUUUACAUCGACAAACUGGCUGAGCUCAAGAAAAUGGGCCAGCCGAUCUUGGCGCGGUACGUUGAGUCUGUGGAGAGGCCGAAGAUGUUUGAGGAGCUGGGCAGACAGAUGCAGAUGUACAUGAAGAUCAUCGAGGCGUACAAAGCAAAGGAAGAGCAGUACAACCACCUGGACGAGCUGGAGGUGACCCGGGCGGACAAGCAGGUGAACGACGCCAUGGUGUGGAUGAACGGGAAGAUGAACCAGCAGAACAACCAGGACCUGACUCUGGACCCGGUGGUCAAAGUGUCAGAGAUCCAGGCUAAGAUUAAGGAGCUUUAUUCAGCCUGUAACCCGGUGGUGUCCAAACCAAAGCCCAGGGUGGAGCCUCCCAAAGAGGAGAAGACUGAGAACGGGCCGGUCAACGGGCAGGAGGGAACAGAGAACCAGCCGUGUAACCCCGACAAAGCCGCCUCGGCCGGCACAGAGCAGGGGACGGCGGAGAACAAGCUCCCUGAAAUGGACAUCGACUAACUGUCACUGCUGCUGACUUCACCUCCGUUAUUCCUGCUGCUCACCUUCGAUUCUGUUCUUCUUCUGGGGUUGUCAUUGACGUUGCAGUAGCCGCUCUCUUGAAGACGCUGUCAGCAGUUAUCAUAGGACUCAUCACUCAGCCUCCCCGGCAUGUCAUGUCUCAAUUUCUCUGACAAAUACACAAAUAUUGCUUAAUAUUGAUAAACUCUGGACGAUUUUAUGAGCUAAAAGUUGUGAGUGUGGGAUGAAAACUCUUUCUCUGUGUUGAAUUAUGUUAAAGAUUGUUUUGUUCAGGAUCUUCUGAACAUAUUUAAUCUCUGAAUGUCAGAUUUGAUGAAUUCUAGGCGAGUGGUCGUGCAGAAGAGACGUAGUCAUGAAUGCAGGAUACAUGAAAAUGUAAAAUAUUGCAGUAUGUCAAAAUAAGAUCUAGAUCAGUUUCACAUGUAAACACAGAUUGAUGAAUAGUGCUGUUUUAUUUCCACUGUAUGUGCUGAGUCAUGGUAAGUUUAAGGGACAGGGGCAGAGUGUGUUCAGUUUAAUGUACUGUAUGUUUAACGUAGAGAGUUAAUGUCAUGCAGGGUUUCAUGGUCUGGCUUUCUCUCACUCAGCGGUCCGUCGGUCGUUCUCUGGUAGCCUUGUAUUGUUUUGUUUUUUUACUUAACAGUGUGAAUGCUGGUCCAGCUAAACGCCUUCUGGGUGCUGCUGUUGUUGCCACGUCACCAUAAAGAAGCAGAAAUAAAUCUUGUCAAAAAAUGCA